UCUCUCUCCUCUCUCUUAUAAUUACGCCCCACACUUUGAGUUUCCCGUAGAUCCUAGGACCUAACCCCCCUGCGAGGACCCCAAACGCUGUCGUUUUCAACCCCUCCCCCACCCCCCAACCUAAAAGUACAACACUUCCGAUUAUCAGAACAAAAUCGUCGAUGAAGUGAUUCAGAAGAUCCCGGCGAUGGAGACAGAAAUUCAGGCGAAUUACACGUACAUGGGACGCACCUUCAACGACCUGAACAUCAACGACGCCUCCUCCUCCUCCUCCGCCUUCAGCGAUUGCAACAGCGACCGAUCCGGCGAGUUCACCUCGUCCACGGCGGCGCAGAGCCGCCGCCGCCUCCUCAUCGCCUGCGCCUCCGACAACUCCGACGACGACGACCUCAUCCAGAACCUCGUCUCCGACCUCGACUCCGGCUCCGUCGACGACCAGAAGCAGGCCGCCUUGGAGCUCCGCCACCUCGCCAAGAACAACCCUGAGAACCGGCUCAAGAUCGCCCAAGCCGGCGCGAUCAAACCGUUGAUUUCGCUAAUCUCCUCUGCCGACCCUCAACUCCAGGAGAACGGCGUCACGGCGAUCCUCAACCUCUCCCUCUGCGACGAGAACAAAGAACUGAUAGUUUACGCUGGCGCAAUCAAGCCGCUCGUGAAGGCACUCAGAAUCGGUACAUCCACGGCCAAGGAAAACGCCGCCUGUGCUUUGCUUCGUUUGUCUCAAAUCGAAGAGAACAAAAUCUUGAUCGGGCAGUCAGGAGCGAUUCCUUUGUUGGUGAAACUUCUAGAAACGGGGAACAUCAGGGGGAAAAAGGACGCGUCGACGGCGCUGUAUAGUUUAUGCUCUGUCAAGGAGAACAAGAUCAGGGCGGUUGAGUCCGAGAUUAUGAAGCCGCUGGUGGAGCUGAUGGCGGACUUUGGGUCGGGGAUGGUGGACAAGUCGGCGUACGUGGUGGGGGUGCUCGUGGGGGUGCCGGAGGCGAGGGCGGCGCUGGUGGAGGAAGGGGGGGUGCCGGUGAUGGUGGAGAUCGUGGAGGUGGGGUCGCAGAGGCAGAAGGAGAUUGCGGUGGCGAUACUGUUGCAGGUUUGCGAGGAGAGCGUGGCGUACCGUACUAUGGUGGCCCGCGAAGGAGCGAUUCCUCCUCUCGUGGCGUUGUCGCAGUCGGGGACCAGUAGGGCCAAGCAGAAGGCGGAGACACUGAUUGGGCUUCUACGGCAACCGAGAUCCGGCAACACCGCUGCCAACACCUCAGACUUGUCCACUUAUCAACAUUAGCUCCAAUAUUCUACUAGUAAUCACUCUUUUCCCCCACCGCCAGAAGAAGGAAAAAAUAGACAAAAGAAACCGUAGAAGAAAACUGUAAAUUGGUAAUUUUGGUUGUAAAUUCUUCACAUGGGUCGUGAGUUUUGGUUUUUUUUCCUGAUGAAUAUGUCCAUCUUCUAGUUUGCUUGGACUUUUGGGUUUUUCGAAAGAUUGGAAAAAAUAGUCUUGUAGUUUGCUUGGACUUUUGGGUUUUUGAAAGAUUGAAGAAUCUUUUUCAA